AUGUCUCCACCCAUCGACGACCCUCCAAGCGAGAGAUCUCCGUCUCCCCUCCUUCUCACAACCGCACUUUACAUUCCAAGACAACCAUCCCCACCUCCACAAUCAUCCUCCGUCACCAUCGUAAAGACUGAACCCCACGAUAACUUCAUGUGUCGUAACUGUAAUGAAAUCGGUCAUCGUCACAAGAACUGCCCCACAUAUUUCUGUUGCAUAUGUCGUAAUCUCGUGCCAGGACACCUUUCCGUCUUUUGCAAAGACCUUAAAGGGGAAAAGCCUAUCCCUUUAGUGUGGACGGAUGCAGGUUUCUAUGAAGCCCUCUCUAGAUGGGAGAGGCUGAUAAAGACGCCGCUAUGGAACAGAUCUCGAUCGAAGAAGAUGAGAGGACUGUUUGUUCAAUGUGCUGGGGACCGCGAUAACUAUGACGCUUACGAUAAUUUGAUUGUUGAAAUCGGUGACUUCAACGAUAACAACGGGCAAAAGGAAAAUUUAAACUCCGACCCCAUAUUUGGAUUCCAUCACAUGGAGCGCUGCUUUGAUGAACUGGAUGAGGCAGAAUUAGCCUUAGCCAUUUUCAAGUACAAGCAUGCAAUUCAGACUCUGAACCUAUCUGACUUUUCUGAUGCUGAUUCUGAUUCUGAUUCUGGAUUGGAUAUGCUCAUCACUCCUCCAUCUCCUCUUACCCCACAAUUAUCUGAAUUUUUGGACUCUGACUCUGACGACGAAAUCACCCGUGUUACUGCACAUUACGACCGCAUUAACGACACUAUCACUUCCCUUCGUGAUGAGGUCUCAAGGGCAUGUGUGCUUCAAAAGCCAGAUGCACCUCCUAUGCAGGCCCCUCAGAUUCACCUCCUUCAUGAUUUUGGGACAUCUCGCGCACAUCUCUUAUGGAAGAAACUACGUGUCAAUCCAGAGAUCUUUGAUGAUAUCCUUGAUCACAUCUCAGGUCGCCCCAUCUUCACUAAUCAGUCCAAUAACCCCUGA